CUUAAUGAUGAUACAUUGAUCACUGCUCAUCACAAUAUGAAACUCUUGGUAAGAUUGAUAAUAGACGAGAUUGAAGAAGGCGACAGAUAUAAAUGGAUAUUUACAACUGGACCUACCAUAUCAGUACAUCAUUCUGGUAUUGGUAAGUUCUACCUUGCUUGUUCUCAAUGCUUCGAACUUGAACCCGAAUAUAAAGAAUCAAACUGCAAAAGGAUAGACCAUUUUGAUUGUCAUGGCAAGUUGAUUAUCUAUAUUAAUAUGAUGGCAAAAGAGGUAUCAAUAAAGCUUUGUCACGAUAUUCAGCAUGAAAAGCCUAUAGAUCUUACAAUCCCACCAGAAAUAAAACAUGAGAUCAUGGAGAACCUCUAUAUGGAUCCUGUACAGCUUCAGUCACAUCUUCAUCAAACAUUCGAUAUUUCACAAAUUACUCUGAAGCAAAUCAAUUAUUGGUGGUUUACUUUCUGUCAGCGUUUUUACAAAUUAGACAAAGAUUCUGUUAUUUCUGCGCGUCGCUUUUUAGAAAAUCUGAAUAAUAAUAAUCAGUUUUGUUUUGAGUGGAAGAGUGAAUUGGUUACAGCAAUUGGAUUCAUAACUCCUUUGCUAACUAAACUCUUACCUGUAUUGAGUAUCCAUUGUGAUGCGACCUACAAAACAGUUAAAGAAUGA